AUGGAAGGGGAGAAGCUAGGUUCGAUCUCGCCCAGCAGCGCCAGAUGUCGCAGUCAACUAGACAGCGGUAAUAUGAGCAUGCAGCUUUAUGCGCAACCAACGCAAUUGUUAAUCUUGCCCACAGAAUUAUUUGAUAUUAUUUUAACAUAUUUGGAUCCACUAGAAAUUCUUUAUAGUUUUUCAAAUCUUCAUCCACGUCUCACAUCUCUUAUACAUCCAUUUGUCGAACCAAUUGAUUUAACACGAUCCGAUAAAAACAUAUUACAUCUAUAUUUAUCGUCAAUUCGACAUUUAAUAACUACAAUUAAAUUUGAUUUUAAACAAUUAGAUGAAACAUUUUUAUCACCAAAAAUCUUUAAUAUAAUUGAAUUAUUUCCAUGUCUAUACGGUGUUGUAUUAGUAAAUAUACCAUCAAAUCAACGAAAAUAUCCAUCAUAUAUAAAAAUAUUUAAAAAGUUAUUGUCAUCAUUAAAAAUGAAUUUUGAUUUUUCAACAAUAAUUAUUGAUCGACACUUGUCAUCACAAUUAUUCAAAAAUGAUUGUCAUUUACAAUUCUUAACAAUUGAAGGUAUCUCAUUAGCAAUUGAUAUCAACAAUAUACAACCAUCUGGUAUUAAAGAGUUAACAUGUCAGUUAGAAUAUCAACAUCAUUUGAAUAUAUUAUGUGAAAACUUACCACGUUUACAGUAUUUAAAUGUUCAAAUUGACAAAAGUGAUCAACAAAAAAACUAUAAUAUCAUUAAACAACAACGACUAUCACCAUUUUUAAAUCAAUUCAUCAUUACUGGAACAUAUAUCGAUUAUGAUUCACUUGAAUUAUUAAUUAUAAAAUAUUAUCAAUCGUUAGAAUAUUUGACAUUAAAAAUUAGAUUCAAUAAUAGUCAAUUCAUUAAUGGUCAUCGUUUAAAGAAUAGUCUUCUAUUCAAACUCACAAAUUUAAAAAGGAUUGAUUUUUACAUUAAACUUUGUGUAUUAAAACGGACAAUUGAUUUAAAUCGCUUAAUAAGCACAUUUAAAACAUUCAAUUAUUCAGUUAUAUGUUAUCAUGGUGCAACAGAUAAAACUUGCACUAUACUUUCUAAUCCAGCUGAUUUCAACGAUUGUUUCUAUAUUAUACAAAAUAAUAUUGUGAAAUAUUGUUCAAAUAUGAAUACAUUUGAUAUAAAAAUGAAUAAAAUUCAAACAUUAAUGUUAAAUGAUCGAGUACCAUUAACAAUGGAAUUAUUUAAAUUUAUUCAUGAUACAUUUUUAAAUUUAGAAAUAUUAAAAAUCAAUAUAGAAAAUGGAUUAGAUUCGGAUAUUUUAACUGAUAGAAAAUUAUUAUUAGAAACAAUAAUAAUAUUAGAAAUUAUUGGCAGUUGUGAUUAUAUCACAUUGAAACGUUUGUUGUUAAUGACAUCGAAUAUAAAAACAUUGAAAAUAAAUGAUCUAAAAUUAUUAACAUUUAUUCGGCGAUUACUUGAUGAUGACGAUGUUAAUUUAUAUAAACUUCGUAAACAAAUGAAAGUCUUCUCACAGCGUUGA